AAUAAAAUCACUUCUCAUUUUUCCAGAGUUUUAUUUUCGUUACAUCUUCGUUGUUGUGUGCUUGAAUUGCCAAUCGAACGUUACCGUUUGCCCCUUCCACUGGUUAUUAUAAUAUCACAAACCGCAUCUCUUCCACCAGCCAUGUAUUUCUCGUUUGAAUUGGCCGGUGCAGAGAAGCACUGUCAUGCGUUGAUAUUCUAUAUAAAAGCCGAACACAAAACUAAGUGAAGCUUCAGUUGACUGACCGGUUGCGGUCGAGCAUUUUAAAACGAGUACGGAUUUUUUUGUGCGUAUUUAUUUCUGUUAAUUUUAGUAAAUCUAUAAGAAAAAAUCAGUGAUUUCUUUUCAAAAUGGAAAAGUGUCUGAUUGCAAUAUUUGUGAUCUUCAAUUUGAUCUUUGUGAUCGAUGCUGCACCACGAGCCCUUGAUGCCAGCGAAUUGAGGAAUUUGAGUGCAAUUGCUGACAUCGAAACUCCAGUUCGAUAUGAUGGCGCCCAAUUGUGGAGUGUUCAUUUUUACGAUGAUCGAACCAAAAGUGUGGUCAUCAGUUUAAAGAGAAAUUUCGAUGUUGCACUAUGGGGCACGAAUGGUUCCGAAGUUGAUGUGUUUGUAAAGAAAAAUGUUAUCGAUGGUGUGCGUCAAGUGUUGAAUGACAAUAAUGUUGGAUAUUCCAUCCUCAUUGAAGAUAUGCAAAAACAAAUCGAAACCGAAAAUCCACCGCAAGCGGAAAUUGAAGCUUUCCAAAAUCGAAACGGUCAUCGUUUAACUUGGCGUGCAUACCAUCGUAUCUCUGAUAUCUUUUCAUAUUUGGACUAUUUGGUUGCAACAUACCCUGACUUGUGUUCACUUCAAACGAUCGGACACUCAGCCGAACGACGUCCAUUAAAAGUUUUAAGAAUAUCGAAUGGAAAUUCAGGAAAUAAGGCCAUUUGGAUUGAUGGUGGUAUUCAUGCACGUGAAUGGAUUAGUCCGGCAUCGGUAACAUACGUUGUGAACGAUUUGGUUGAAAAUUGGGACGAUCAACCGGCACAUAUUCAAAAGGUGAAUUGGUAUGUGUUGCCAGUUCAUAACCCAGAUGGAUACGAGUACACUCAUCGCACCGAUCGUUUAUGGCGUAAAAGUCGCUCGAACAAUAAUAAUCAACGUUGUUCAGGCGUUGAUUUAAACCGAAAUUAUGGUUAUCACUGGGGUGGCAAAGGAACAAGCCGAAAUCCGUGUCAAGAAAUAUUUGCCGGUCGCGGUCCAUUCUCAGAGCCCGAAACCGCAGCCGUUAAACAGUUCUUUGAUCGAACCAAAGAAAAAUUCGAUGCAUUCCUUACAUUUCACAGUUACGGACAAUUUAUUUUGCAUCCAUGGGGAUAUGACGAUGUUGUGCCAGCCGAUUAUAAAGAUUUGGAUCGUGUUGGCCGAGAAGGUGCACAGAAUAUGAAAGCAUUAGAUAAUCAAGUUUACCAAGUGGGACCAUCGGCAGCAUUAUUAUAUCCAGCUGCAGGUGGUUCAGACGAUUGGGCGAAAAGCAUUGGCAUUAAAUACAGUUAUACAAUUGAAUUGCGUGACAAAGGGCGUUAUGGAUUCGUAUUGCCAGCCCAUCAAAUUGAGCCAACAGCCAAAGAGGCUCGUGCAUUCGUAUUUACGGUAUCGCGUGCGGUGGCCAAUCUUCGACGAAAAGAAUAACGGCACAGCAGAAGAAAAAAACUUCAUUUUUGCAGCUUUUGCGUUUCAAUUCCACUAAUCAUUAGUCAAUUAAAAUUAAACUUUCAAUGCAAUUAAAAGUUUUCCAAACCGUGCCAUUUACGGUACGUAGGAUAUUAAAAAAAAACCAUCAUCAAGCCAACGAAGAAAACAAAAACAAAAUAUUGGUUGUUGGCGCAAAAUAAGAACAUGCUUGAAAACUAAUUGUAACCGACCCCAUAUUAAUUUAUUUAUAUAUUUUAGUGUAGUGAAUAAAUGAAAAAAAAAAAUACAAAUUUACAGAAGAAAAAACGAUG